AUGGAGGAUACUACAAUUAGUGAUCAGCCUAUUGAUGCUGUCUUUGGUGACAGAGUGAGGAGGUUCCAAGAAUUCUUGGAUACAAUAGGGCCUGAGGGAAUGGAUUAUCGAACUUUGAUAAAGGAAAUGUUAAUGAAAGGACGAUACAGACUAUGUGUUGUAUUAGACGAGGUAAGGGAAUUUGAUAGAGAUUUUUGGAAAGGCUUAUUAUCUUCCCCUGCCGAUUUCUUGCCAGCUUGUGAGAGAGCUUUAAGGGAUACCGUUCUCACUAUCUAUGACCCUACAGACUCAAGAUUUGACACAAUAGAAGAAGAUCAACAAUUCUACUUGUCAUUUAAGGGUUCACUCGGCGACCAUCAUGUUACCCCAAGGACGAUCAAUUCAUUACAUAUAUCCAAAAUGAUCUCAAUUGAAGGGAUAGUUACAAGAGCCUCAUUAGUUCGUCCAAAGAUUAUAAGGUCCGUGCAUUACGCAGAAAAGACCAGCAGGUUUUACGCUAGAGAGUACCGUGAUCAACAAACGUCUUUUGAUCCUAUUUCUGUUGCUGCUAUUUACCCCACGGAAGAUCUUGACGGAAAUAAAUUAACGACUGAAUAUGGUUACUCGACUUACAGGGAUCAUCAGAAGAUUUCUGUGCAAGAAAUGCCAGAAACAGCACCUGCAGGGCAAUUACCUAGGUCGAUAGAUGUGAUUUUAGAUGAUGACUUGGUAGACUUAUGCAAGCCCGGGGAUCGUGUUCAAAUUGUGGGAGUCUAUCGUGCAUUAGGAGGUGCCGUGAACAAUAGCUCAAGUUUUAAGACUGUAAUUUUAGCAAAUUCUGUGUACCCGUUACAUGCUAGAUCAACUGGAGUCGCUUCACAAGAAAAACUAACCGAUCAAGAUAUAAGAAAUAUCAACAAAUUAUCUAAAAGCAAGAAUAUUUUUGACCUUCUUUCGAGUUCUUUAGCUCCUUCCAUCUAUGGUCAUGACUAUAUUAAAAAGGCAGUGUUGCUUAUGCUUCUUGGGGGUGUUGAAAAAAAUCUAGACAAUGGUGCUCACUUGAGAGGUGAUAUCAAUAUCUUAAUGGUCGGUGAUCCCUCGACAGCUAAAUCACAAAUCUUGAGAUUCGUUCUAAAUACUGCUUCCUUGGCAAUAGCAACUACUGGUAGGGGUUCAUCUGGUGUUGGUUUGACUGCGGCAGUCACAACGGAUAAAGAAACGGGCGAACGAAGGUUGGAAGCUGGCGCAAUGGUCUUAGCAGAUAGAGGUAUCGUUUGUAUCGAUGAAUUCGAUAAAAUGUCAGACGUUGAUCGUGUCGCUAUUCAUGAAGUCAUGGAACAGCAAACUGUGACUAUCGCAAAAGCGGGAAUUCACACUUCAUUGAAUGCUCGUUGCUCAGUCAUCGCAGCAGCGAAUCCAGUGUUUGGACAGUAUGAUGUCCAUAAAGAUCCACACAAGAAUAUAGCACUACCAGACUCGUUGCUAUCUCGUUUCGAUUUAUUAUUUGUGGUAACUGAUGAUAUUCAGCCUGCAAAAGAUAGAAUUAUAUCUGAGCAUGUUUUGAGAAUGCACCGGUUUAUUCCCCCAGGCUUGCUCGAAGGUGAACCCGUAAGAGAAAAAGCAAACUUGUCGUUGGCGGUUGGUGAUGAUAAAACAAAUGAAGAAGAAGAACUAGAACAGCCAAUUUUUGAAAAAUUCAAUGCUUUAUUCCAUGCUGGUAUUCAAGCAUCAAGAUCUAGAAAGACACCAAAUAUAUUAUCCAUUCCAUUUUUAAGAAAGUAUAUUCAGUAUGCGAAACAGAGAAUCAAACCGGUUUUGACUAAAAGGGCAUCAGAUUAUAUUGUAAUGACAUACUCUGCGCUCAGGAAUGAUCUAAUUGAUAAUAAUCAGAGACAUACAGCACCCAUAACUGCUAGAACUUUAGAAACUUUAAUUCGUUUAGCGACGGCUCAUGCAAAGGUUAGAUUAUCGAAGACUAUUGAAGUGAAGGAUGCGAAAGUGGCAGAAGAAAUGUUGAGGUUUGCGCUAUUCAAGGAAGUCGCUAAGAAGUCUCGUUCUAAAAAACAAAGAACAAGCCCUCUAGACAGCGAGCAAGAAGACGAGGAAGAAGACAGUGACCUCAGCGACGAAGAGAUUAUACCGAGGGCUACCACUGUCAGAACAAGGUCAACACGGGGAUUAAGAGAAGUUGAUCCACAACAAAGUACACCUUCUACCACACCUCCUCCACCUCAAGACCAAGAGGAAGAAGAAAAUGUCCCUGAAAAUUCUUCUGACGUUGAGGACCAUCUCGAAAAUUUGCACAUAUCUCAAUCACAGCUGUCUACGGAACAUGUAUCUGCCUUAACUGAAAAUGCAAAUAAAGCAAACGCAUUAACAACUGACAUUAGUGCUGAGAGAUAUUCAUCUUUCCUCAAGCUCAUGUCCAAGGUCAUUAACUCGCCACUUCUUGACAAUGAGUCUAACUCUUGCCCAACUGAGCAAGUAAUAGAGGCAGUAAAUGAAGGAUUGCCGCAAGAAGAGCUCUUUGGACUACUUGAAAUUGAUAGAGCUCUUCAAAAGAUGCAAGACGAAAACAAAAUAUAUAUGGGAGAAGGAAAAGUUUGGAAAAUUUGA